AUGUAUGCCACCGUUAAUCAGCUUCAUGAAAAAGUCAUAGACGGUGUGCAAGUUUUUCGUGUUGACACUGACUCAGCAUGGUUAAAAAUGAUGGACAUCCAAGUGGAACUGCUGCCGAAAAGCAAGCCUUUGGAAAAUCCAUUCAGAACCUUCAUUCGUCACAAACGUGGAAAUGGGCUUCCAUCGUAUUGUAUCUGCGAACCUAAGAGAACCUGUCCACCAGGUCCUCCAGGGCCACCAGGAGAUCCGGGGCCAGACGGACCGCCUGGGCCUCCGGGACCUCCAGGACUAGACAACCACGACGUACCAGAAUCUAUCAAAUGCAGCGGUGACACCAGCACC